AAAAGAUAACAUAAAACAUGUGAAAUAUAUUGUGAAACAUAUUGAAAGAAGUUCAUUUAAAAAAACCUGAGCUAUUCAAACUUAAACGAAUAUCUAAAUGCGGAAGAUGUGAUUCAACUUAUCACUAUACCUGCUAUCGUUAAGGAUAAACGCAUGUGUUUCAAAACUGAAUUACUCAUAAUUGGUCGACUUUCCUGGUUUCAUAGAAGGAUUUAAGUUCAUUUUAGAUUUCGAUUGGACAUGGAGACGCAAGGCCUUUCCUUAAGAAGCAGUUGCCUCGUCAUAUGCUAUAUAACCAUCGUGCUAGUCUUCAGUACAUCUGCAAAUGCCAGUGGAGUUUGUCCCAUGGACCCUAUAACAGACCCUAAAUUUUCGAUGAAGGUGAUGUUUUGUGACAACCCCAUGUGGAAAACAACUUAUUUUUACAGGAUAAUUCCUUUUAUGACUAAAUACAUCAUGGAAAAAGGACGUAAUUUUGUCCAUUAUUUAGAAGUGGAAGCAGGCAAUUCGUCAGUCUGGAAUUCGAUUUCGAGACGGUCCUCAUACCUGUGUCUCUUUGGAGUUAAUGACUAUGAUCAAAGAAGCCUAACAACUGCAAUCGAAGGCGGUAUAGUAGGGGAAACAUGUCCUAAACUGAGAUUUUUAGAAAUAAAGAGCAUCAAUAUCAAGAACAUUACAAAGAACACCUUUAGGUAUUUAGAAAAUUUAUCAAUACUGCUCUUACUAAACAACUCCAUUGAAUAUUUGCCCAUACACGUGUUUGAGUAUUUAAAAAAUAUUAUCUGGAUAGGUCUAUAUAACACAGCUAUUCACACCGUAUCACCACAUCACUUUUGCUUAUGCAACAAACUUGAGUUCCUCCAAAUCGAGUCAAGUAAUCUAACAAAUAUAAAUGGUCAAUUUGAUGAACGGCUCCAAACAAGUACAUGUAACUUUAAGCUCCUCUCUCUAGUUUUAAGCGAUAAUCCAUUUCUCAAUAUGACAAGUGGAAUGUUUAAACAAUAUGCACUAAAUGGCGUUCUCUCAGUCGCCAAUACAUCGCUUUCAGAAUUAAGACAAGAAUAUUUUAAUGAACUUGAAAAUGUUUUAUUUCUUAGUUUGGAGUACAAUCAAAUCAAUAGAAUUCCCCAAGACGUUUUCAGUGCACUAUCUUAUUCCUUGCAAGGAAUAAAGCUGUCCAAUAAUUUUAUUACUGAAAUAAAUAUAGAGCAAUCAUUUACAAAUAUUUCUCUUAUAACCCUUUUUCUUGAUAGCAAUGAGAUUGAGAAUGUCACCGGCUCCUUCAAUAUUUUCCCUGACUUAUUUGAAAUCUAUCUGAACGAUAACAAAAUAAACAUACUGCCACAGGACGCGUUUACUAACCUAACAAAUCUUCAAAUUUUAGACUUACGAAAUAAUAAUUUGAACCCGAUACCAGAUAGGCUGUUUUCAGGUCUUACAUCUUUAAAACGUUUAAAUAUAUCCGGCAACAAAAUACAAACCCUCCCGGAAGGCGUCUUUCAAGAAUUAAAGUCGGUCGUUACGUUAGAUAUGGCAAACAAUUCAUUCAAAUAUUUGAAUCCGGACCUUUUUUCGAAUUGCAGCAACCUUGAAAAUCUAACAUUUUCUAAAAACCAAUUAACUGGCAUGAAAUACAUAAAUUCAAAACAUAUAAGAAAUGUCGACAUGUCUCAUAAUUAUCUUGAAGAUGUACCAACACUACUACACCAUGCUGACGAAAUGUGCAAAAAUAAUAUUUCUGAAAGGCUGCAGAUUUUGAAUGCUAGCUUUAAUAAAAUAAGUCAUUUUCAGGCAGAAUGUUUUGGGAAUCUUACCGUCCUUGAUUUGCAGCACAAUUUGAUAACAGAUAUGUUGGAUUUUAAUGGAAUGGAAACUUUACAAACUCUUAAUCUGCGUCAAAACCUCAUAGAGCGGAUCGAAGAUGUUGUGAUAAGCCCUUACAAGAUAAGCCUUAAAAGCCUUGAUCUUGGUCAAAACCUGAUUCGUUUUAUCGGACAAGGUGUGUUUCAAAGUCCUCUGGAAUAUCUAUACUUGGAUGGAAAUUCACUCAAAUAUCUGGACACUUUAAACAUGCCAUAUUUUAACUACAUCAGUAUUUCGGGAAAUCCUUUGUCAUGUGGUUGCAACAAUCUUGAUCUUAUAGUAUGGCUUAACAAUCUUGAACCUCAGAACCAUGAUAACGUAACAUGUGUUGGUUCUAGCGAAAUUAGAGACUUCGACGUACAGAAGUGUUCUGACGUUGUCGUCGUAGCGCUUUGUGUUUCAAUAAGUGUUUCAUUUGUAAUGUUAACGGGCAUUGUGGUAUGCCGAUUCAGGUAUGAAAUACAAGUCAUCGCUUUCUACAAGUGGCACGUACGAUUCAGACUUCCUUCAAGUUCAACUAAGAGCAGUAUUCGACAAACAUAUACAUAUGACGCAUUUGUCUGCUUCGCGGAAGAAGACAUGGAUUAUGUAAGAACAACCAUUGUGCCAUUGCUGGAGCCUCAAUACAAGCUUUGUAUCUACUACAGGGAUUUUCCAGUCGGAGAAGACAUUGCUGAAGUAAUUCUUAAUGUUAUUGAGAAGAGCGCCGUUACAAUUAUUGUGUUAUCAGAAGCCUUUCUAAAAAGUAGAUGGGGAAGAUUUGAAUUCCGUAGGGCUCACCAUCAUGUUAUGAUGACAGACAAUAAGAGGAUGGUAGUCAUCCUUUUGGAGGAUUCUGUGCUGAAGAAAGAACUGGAUUUGACUUUGAGAAGUAUUCUGUAUACGAAGGCUUAUCUUACGAAACAUGACUCUUUGUUUAAGGAAAAACUUCUAUUUUCUAUGGCGGAGACAAAACAAUUGAGACAGUCGUUGAAUUCCAGUCCGACAGAUAGUACUUCAUUAUUAGAUUAAACUUACUACCAUUGUUGUUAUUUUUCUUUUCAUUUUAAAUGGCUUUCUUUGUGUCUUAUAUUUUCUAUACGCUAUUUUGUCAGAUGUGUUGCACAAUCCAUAAUCACAUUGUAUAAACAAAUAUAUUUUCUUUUUCGG